ACUUGUAAAUUGUGUUUUGUAGGUAUAGGUUCUGUUGAGGUUGUAAUUUUGUUAAGUUUGAUCAAUUGGAUAGUUUCUUGGUUUAAUUUUAAAAUGGGGUUGUUUUUGUUGAUUUUGAUGUAGUGAUAAUGAAUUAAUGAUGUAUUUCUCAAUUGAAUUUGUGGGGGUUGAGGUUUAGUUUAGUAUGAUGAGCAAUUUUAGAUGUAAAGAUUGGAUUUUUAUUGGGAAUUAUACCUAUUUCCAGCUUAAUUUUUGUGGUGUUUUGUCCUGUGUAUGGAGUUGGGUAAUACUUUGUGUUCUUUUCAGGGGAUUUCAUUCUUUUGGUGGAAUAAACGUGGGGUUACUGAAUUUUUUUCAGUAUGUGUUUGACUUUAGCUGUAAUCGAACAAAGGAGAAUAUUCUGUUCUUUAUGAAGGAAUAGGAAGUGAGAUUGGAGUUAAGAGAAGGAAAUUAUGUAUCGGCCUGUAGCAACUACUACCCGAGGAGGGGUACCUACUGAUAGUGGAGAUUCUGUGGUGACACUGGAUCAAGUUCCACGUUGGAUUGAUUCUGACGUUAGGUACUUGUAUGAGAAUGAAGAUCCUAAUUCCGAUUAUGCAGAUCCUUUGUCAUCUGCUUCAGGGUCUGAGGGCAAUGCGAAUGGUAUCGUUUCCAAGUUUCCUGUGGAUCACGAGAUUAACUCCAAGAUAUACCUGUGGAGAGGAGACCCCUGGAAUCUCGAGGUAGAUGCUGUUGUUAACUCUACAAAUGAGAAUUUAGAUGAAGCACACAGCAGCCCGGGAUUGCAUGCUGCAGCUGGACCUGGACUUGCAGAGGAAUGUGCUACUCUCGGAGGAUGCCGGACAGGAAUGGCAAAAGUUACCAAUGCUUAUGAUCUUCCUGCUAGGAGGGUCAUUCACACUGUUGGUCCGAAGUAUGCGGUAAAAUACCACACUGCUGCCGAGAAUGCUCUAAGUCAUUGCUAUCGCUCUUGCCUUGAACUUCUUAUAGAAAAUGGAUUACAGAGCAUUGCGAUGGGAUGUAUCUAUACCGAAGCCAAAACUUAUCCGCGAGAACCAGCUGCUCAUGUUGCAAUAAGAACUGUACGGCGGUUUCUUGAGAAACAGAAAGAUAAAAUAGAGGCAGUCGUUUUCUGUACAACUACAUCAUCCGAUACGGAGAUAUAUAAAAGAUUGCUUCCUCUUUACUUCCCUCGGGAUAAUCAUGAGGAAGAAAUUGCCCGGUUAAAACUUCCUGCAGAUGUUGGGGAUGAGAAUGGAGAGACAACUACAGCUGAGCGUAAAAUAAGAAUAAAACCAUUGCCAAAUGCAAAAGUUUCUAGUCCAAGGACCCCCCAAGCCUCUGUUGAUCUAUCUGUCAGUAAUCUUGGUUUGUCCAGAAGGAGUUCAUCCUACUUGGGUGCAUUUUUGGAUCCUGCUUUUAUGUCCCUGAUCAAAGACCCAGAUCAGCGACGUAGAGAACAAUGGGAAAAAACAGCCCAAGCGCAAAAUAGUUGGAACUGCUUUAAAAUGCUUGGAUAUGGUGAACUUGGGGGACCUGCUUUAUCAGCUGCAGAAGAAUAUACCCUUCAUUCUAGAUAUCUUGCAAAAGCAAAUUCUAUGAAUCUUUCAGAAAUUGCGGAAAUGAAAAUCGUUUACCGAGGAGGGGUUGAUAGUGAGGGUCGUCCAGUUAUGGUAGUCGUGGGAGCACAUUUCCUGCUAAGAUGUCUUGAUCUUGAGAGAUUUAUCCUGUACGUUGUAAAGGAGUUCGAGCCUGUGAUUCAGAAGCCUUACUCGAUAGUGUAUUUUCAUUCUGCAGCGUCUUUACAGAUGCAACCAGAUUUAGGAUGGAUGAAGAGAUUACAACAAAUACUUGGACGGAAACACCAGCGUAACCUUCAUGCAAUAUACGUGCUUCACCCUACCUUUGGACUGAAGUCUGCAAUUUUUGCUUUGCAACUCUUUGUCGAUAAUGUGUGGAAAAAAGUAGUAUAUCUUGAUCGUCUUCUACAGCUAUUCCGCUAUGUUCCUCGUGAACAACUAACCAUUCCAGAUUUUGUAUUCCAGCAUGAUUUGGAAGUGAAUGGAGGGAAGGGCCUAAUCGUUGAUCCUAGAACAAAAUAUGUUUAUCAGAGACCUUAGUGUCCAUAUCCAUGAGAGCUUCAACUAAAAGAUUCAUCAGUUAAACCAGCUAUGGAGUAAAUUGUGAGAUAAUGAAGCUUGGUUAUCUCUUGUUAAUUUCUCUGUUGUUUGUAAUUUUAUUUGUUGAUUAAUUUGUGCAGACAAUGUGUCUUGUCUCCUGUGACAAUAAAAUGACCCCCCCUUCCC